UUAAUUUUAGCCACCGUAGAAGUCCGAAUUUCCAUAAAAUCCAUUAUAAACCCCGCCCGGAGAGGAGUUAUCGUCAAUUGCUGUCAUCUCGCUGGGGCUUGGACAUUCCCGGAAGAUGCCCAUUUCCACCUUCAUCUCAUCUCGCAACGAUUAUCCGGAGUUUUAACGAUGGGCAAACGGACAAACUUGACUGAAAACAAACCCCUACGCUACCGAACAAUUUCUUUUUCUGUUUUUCGUGUGGUAUUUUAAUUUGAAUACAUCGUGUUUCGGGACGCCUUUCAGUUCACCAUCCUCAUCCUCACUCCUAAAAGCUUUUUACUACCACCAGCAGGCCACAGUCAAACCUUGGGACGGGGCCAAUUACUCCCAAGGAAAAUGUGACUGCUAGGAAUUCCCCACGCAUCAGCCCCUGCCGGAGAAAAACCGCGACCUUGUGUCAGGAGGCACACGAAAGCAGCAGCGGCGGCGGCGGGAGGAGGACCGAGCUGACCGGGGACUGUGCCAUGAUGAUGCAGCUCCAGAGCCUUUAGUUUCGCGCUGACACCGGGGGGAGAAGAACCAUGUGUGUCUGACGUCUCCCUGUUGUUUCACCAUCUCACUCCCAGGGAUUAUAAUCUGUGCGGAUGACAACUUCUUCCAGGGUGUAGAUGCUCCAGGCGCAGCGGGGCCCAGCCUCUGUGUCAGAGAGGGACGAGGCUGCUCCCACCUGGGCCACAGCACUCCUCUGAAGCUCGGAUCAGAAAGCAGCAGGACCAGGAGGCCAUUUUGUGACCGUCUGCGCUGAGAAGGAGCUGGACUUGUCGUAGCAGGAGAUAUUUCAGGCGUCUCUCUGCCCUCUGAACUCCACUGCCAUGACGACUGCAGUACAGUCGGGUGAACUGGUGUUUGAAUUUGCCAGUAACGGGAUGGAUGAAAUCAAUCAGGUGUGCAGUUAUCUCAUCCCCCAACCCACGUCUGAAUCCUGUGGAGCAGGCUUGAUUCUGGAUGACCCGUCAGUGUUCCCAGCGGUGAUCGUGGAGCAGGUCCCUGCGGCCGAUCUGCUGCAGGUCUACUCAGGCCUCGAGUCCGAUGAGGUGACCAACGGCAUCAUGGUCGACACCACUCUCCACGUGGUGGAGGAACCUUCCAUCCUGGUGGGCGGAGUGGAUCUCUCAGAAACAGCAGUGUCUGCCACAGAGGACAACAUGGAGACAAACGAAGCCGCAGCAGCACUUCUAAGCAUGGAGUCUCCAAACAACAUUUUGGAUGAAAAGCGAAUGAUUCACACCUACGGCGCUCUGCUAGAGUCAGAUCUGACGUACGCCCCCCUGAGGCCAGACCCGAUGGACAGUGUUGCCCUUGAUGUGUCGCUAGACGAGGACACUUCAUCUAUGGACGAGAUUCCUCAAAAGUGUCCCUUAAAACCUCAGAAAAAGACCAAAGUACGAAAGCCGCGGGUGGUGCGUUCCUGCUCUCCCAUCACCACCCCUAACCUGCCACUCAGGAAGAAGAGCAAAGAGGGCAAAGGCAACACCAUCUACCUGUGGGAAUUCCUCCUGGCUUUACUGCAGGAUAAAAACACCUGUCCCAAAUACAUCAAGUGGACACAGCGGGAGAAAGGCAUCUUUAAACUGGUCGACUCCAAGGCGGUUUCAAAGCUGUGGGGCAAACACAAAAACAAACCUGACAUGAACUAUGAGACGAUGGGAAGAGCUCUCAGGUAUUACUAUCAGAGAGGCAUCCUGGCCAAAGUGGAGGGGCAGCGACUCGUCUAUCAGUUCAAAGAGAUGCCGGCCGACCUGGUAGUGAUUGAGGACGAAGAUGCCGGCUCAGAUGCCGGCGCCGGCUACGGAAACCAAAGGUCUUCCCACGGGCGGUCAGUGGUCCGCGGAGGAUCCAAAGGGCACGGAAGACCACAUGGUCAACACCAAUUCUCAGCGAGACACAUGAAGAAGGAGCCCUGCGACGACUACCUGUACCAAGAAGCCAAUAGUGGACAAGCCGAGCAGCUCCUUAAUUCCAUGUUGGAGGGGAAUCAUGGCUCCAGCCUCGACGAUACAGCACAAACUUUGAGGACCAUCAGCACUCCUGCAUCUGUUCCGAUGGUCCUGACAUCUCCCAGCUCUCUGCAGUCUGUUCCCCUCACCACUGUCCUGGCCAACGGGGACUCCAACCACUCCUCCCCUCCUCGGGUGAUCCUCCACACCAUCCCCUCCACAACAGCAGGUGGCAAAGAUGUGCUCGCCAUCCAGACGGCCUCUCUAGCAGGUGGGGCCAACAGCCUGCACGAUGGCCUCCCACAGCAGCUCCUCGUCACCAGUCUGGCUUCCUGUCCCAUUUCCCCCACCUCCUCCGUUUCCUCCUCCUGUAAAUCCCCCCCAGGAGUCAUUAGUUCCACCGCUUCCAACCUCAACGGUCUCCCCCGCCUCGUCACCAUCAACACCACCUGUGGGCAGACCAUGGUGGCGCAGCAGCCCGGCACCGUAAUUGCCACCGUGCUGAAAUCCAGCGACCUCCCCGGGCUGCAGGUCAAAGAAGAGAUGCUGGACACCAGCUACUUCCAGUCGAUGGUGAACGGCGAUCCAUCACUGGCAGCUCACACAUUUGAGAAAGAAGAGAUGGAGGCGGGGGAGGCGGAGCUGCAGUACAGGACUGUGAUCAUUGGUACCAGUCAGAACCAAGUCCAGCAGGCUGCGAGCGAAACUAUAAUUAAUGGACAUUCCUCUCAGAGCAGCAGCCCGAGCGAGGGCCUGACCCCCGUGGAGGAGCUGGAGGUGCGCGGGGAGAUGUCCCUGCAGCCGGAGCAGGGAAUCAAAGACCUGCAGGAGCUACCGCUGUCUGUCCAGCUGCCUGCAAACUUUAUCCAGAUAAAGACGGAGCCCGCAGAGGCUUAAGGCGGCAGGACGCUUCCACACAAGCUGAACCAAAAACAACUGCAUUUCUUCUGUCAACACACCUGAUAUUUUCUUUCGGCCACAGGGAUCUGAUCAGAGAUCAGAAGUGAGGGAUCAGGCACCGUGUUGCUCAAGUCGGUUGAUCGGUUCAGCCUCAGGAUUUAUUGUUUACUCACAUAUUUUGUGACCAUGUGCCUAAUUUUGAAAAUCAAGGGAGUGUUUAGUCUUUUUUUUUUUUUUUUUUUUAAUAAGAAGUCACUUUUUCAGAUUUGGGAUGAUCUUCUGUAGACAUGAACCCCAAAUACACACACACACACACACACACACACACACACACACACACACACACACACACACACACACACACACACACACACACACACACACACACACACACACACACACACAAAUGCCUUCCACGUUAGGAGAGCAGCCAUCGGAUGAACCAGGGAUCCCUGUCUACCAACUGUGCCAGUUAGUCUUUUUUGUUUUUGUUUUUUUUAAAUCUUGCAUCUCAUUGGACUGAUAUGUUGAUGGAGGAGAACGUAACAAACCAAAACCGGGGACCAAAUGCCAAACGGUGCAGCGAUGAACACUGGGAGGACGUGCACGGUGUGAAUGCACAGCUUGUCGAGUUCCUGCUCCCACGGACGAGUCGUCGAUGUCAUGUUGCCGUGUCCAACCUGCUGAAAGCUACACAUCUCUGAGUUUAACAGAAGAGUGCCUUACAGGAAGUUCCAACAGCUCGAGACUCUUUGCUGGAGACAUCUGCUUAAAAGAUGAAAAACGGACUAAAAUGGCUUUUCAGACUUUCAAGAACUUAUUACUCAUUUAUUUUUUCAUAUAAACAAAAUAGGUAUGCAUUCGCUCUCCAUUUCCCCUGGCCUUAAAACAUUGUGUUACUAUGGAAAUGGGCAUUUUCUGUCCACCAAGGACAGUGUAACAUCAAACCUGUUUGUAUAGAGCUGUGGACUGGAGGCACAGCAAGAUAGAGAGGCACAAAUGGAGAGUAAAGAAUACACAGCAUAAAACAGAUUUUAUCAGCCUCUGCUUAAGAGGCUCCAAGGUUUAAAACCUAUUUAUAUAAAAUGGAAUAUAUAAGAAUCUGUCUAUCUAUCUAUAUAAAUAUAUAAAUACAUAUAAUAUACAAUUAAGAAUGAAUUUAAGGCCACAGCAAAUUUAUUUAUUUUGUGAAUUCCUAAAUUCUGUAAAGAAAAAAAAAAAAACAACAACCUGGCACAUCUGUUUUUCUAUUUUCAUGUGUAAACCUGAGGGACAUACAACGUUAAUACCAGGAAG